CAACCGGUUGCCUAGCAACUACUUGUCAACAGUGGGUGAGCCGGACAGCAGUUUUAGAAGCCUUUACCUGCCAGCCAAACUUCUCACAGGGUUGUUGUCUUUUUUAUUAGAUUUUAGUUUAAGUUUAGUGGACUCUGUUGGGAGGACGCGUGGAGCAUAAAUGUUGAAGAGGAAGACGACGACGGAGCUCAAAGCAGAAGCUUUCACAGUGAGAGCCGGCAUGAAGAACGCUGUGGUGGAGCCCCCUCCUAGAACAGGAGUUUGUGAAGGGCAAAGAUACAAGCCAACAGCUUUUCGGAAAUACUACGAACGCAGGGACCUGCCGGUUGUCAUGGACUACGGCGGCAGGCCCAACAGCAUUAAAUGGAAGGUGGACAUUGAGAGGAUCGACUACCACCACUACCUUCCCUUGUUCUUUGAGGGCUUGAGAGAAACCACUCAUCCAUAUGAGACUCUGGCCUGUCACGGAGUCUACGACAUGCUUGACCAUGGAGGGCCCAAGAUCCUUCCUGUGAUUCCUCUCCUUGUGCAGCCUAUCAGGGAAGCCCUGAACACGAGGAACCAUCGGGUGAUGUGCAACAUGUUGAAGGUUCUGCAGCGUCUGGUGACGUCUGCAGACGGCGUGGGGGAGGCUCUGGUGCCGUACUACAGAAACAUCCUCCCUAUGUUUAACAUCUUCAAGGAUAAGAAAAGCCUUGACUCAGAGAGCGGGGACGAUGUUGCUGAUCUGGUUAAGGAAACUCUGACGGUGAUGGAGCAACACGGAGGACAGAACGCCUUCAUGCACAUUAAGUACAUGAUUCCCACAUACCAGUCCUGCACGAGGAACUAAAGCACAGACGGGUAAUCCUGGAUUGGUUUGGAUUGUCAUCAAAAUAGAUUUGAAUAAAGUUCUUUUCUCCAACUGUUUGAUAAA